CGCCCCAUCUACUGCAGACGAUGUGACGGGCGUGAAACACAGAAAAGUGAUGAAAAGCAUUGAAUUAAGGAUGGAUCACUGAAAACCAGGUGUGCGCGAAAAAGUUCUUCAAUCCACAUCUGACUUCUGACAAAACACGUCCAUCAUGAAGAUAUUCUGUGGCCACGUCAGCGCCUAUCUGUUGUGGAUGACACUGUCUGCUUCACUGGCAUCAGAACGUAACAAAACAAAAGCAACUCGUUGCCAGCCUGUGUUGCGUGGAGACAAGCUGACGUCAUGUCACGUGUCAACGGAUCAACCAACCACGGUUGACGUGUCUGGAUUUCUUCCACAUGGAGUCAUCUGUGCUUCCAAGUCCAAGUCCUGCUACGUCUGUCAUAAUGGGGAGCUUCUUCCAGCUGACUGUAGUCAUGGGCGUCUACUAAAACGUUCAAAGCGCUUUUGGGGAUCUGUUGGUCGGGAUAUAGAAAAUGGCCUUAACAAGUUCGCAAAGGAUGUACAUCGAGGAUGGCGGGAAACUGAGCGUGCCUUUAAAAAACUAGGAAACAUAGCUCCGACGCUGUAUUGCCCACAUGUGGACAGCGAGUACGUGGCUCCACGAGGCUCCACGUCUGUCAGAGUCGUGUGGGGCAAAUUCAGAAUAAGAGACAAUGCAGGCGAUACCAGCGACUUAACGCGUCUGACACCGAAGGGUCCCGGCAGCUACUUUGGGAAAGGCCCCCACAGAGUUGUAUACAAGGUGACAGAUAGUUUUGGAUUGUCUGACACAUGCACGAUCCGGUUCAGAGUGAAAGUGAGGGAAUGCGAGGAGUUGUACAUCUACCAUGGCACGGCCGACUGCACUGGGAACCACUACGGUGCCAGCUGCAGCUUCUCGUGCGACAGAGGCUACACACGCCAAGGGUCACGCGUCUCCGAAUGUGGAUAUUAUGGAACGUACAGCCCCUCGCCACCAACCUGUGACAGGGUACGAUGUUCUCGACCAUACAACAUUCAUCAUGGCUACGUGUACUGCUCCGGAAGUUACUACGGCUCAAAGUGCUCGUUCAGCUGCGAGGAUGGGUAUCAACUUCAGGGAUAUAGCAGUUCCCGAUGUGAAGGGGACGGAACGUUCAGUUCGCUACUGCCCACAUGUAAAAUCAUUACCUGUGACGAAAUGAUGCUCCCACGCAACGCGAAGUCGAAAGUCUGCACUAAUGGCAAUGUAUAUCAGAGCGAGUGUCACCCGGUGUGUAAGAUGGGCUAUGAAACGGAUUCCUCAGCCACAUGUACUGAGGGAGGAUGGUUAUUCGCCUCAUGGCAAUGUGAAGACAGAACUGAUCCUACCUUCACCGGCUGCCCCAACAAGACCGUACACACUUUGGACACCAACUACUACUGGCAGACACCCAUCGCCACAGAUACCACAGGUGACGUCACUGUCAAGCAGGUCUACGGUCAGAUCCCGGGUUCCACGUUUGACUAUGGAAGUCAUCUGAUUCAGUAUGAGGCCGAAGACGCGUCUGGGAACAGUGACACAUGUGCCUUCCUGUUCAACGUGCAGAAAAUGGAAUGUCCCAAGCCUUUGGUUAAUGACACGGAUAUGAAGUUUACCUGCAAUGGGUUGACAGUUCAGUCCGUGUGUCGCCUGUCUUGUCAGUCUGGUACCUUUGUCCAGGGAAGCAAAUACAUCACAUGUGUUCGCUCAGACAAUACAUCCUUCUGGGAACCCCUGGAUGGAGACGCCCCCUCAUGCUACAUGCCGGAAUUGCCAGAUGAGUAUGCAAUGCCAACUGAGUUCUACUAUUUUGGUGAGUGCGUCAAUGAAGAAACUCUACUGGGUAUCAAAGAACAGUUUCUGAACAACCUUCAAGGGCUACCAUGCUACCAUGCAGAAUGUUCCAUCCAAGAUGUGCAGGUAUCAUGUGGAGAGGUUGACAAUGACAGCGAGCAGGAAUUUCUUGACAAUUGGGAUUUCAAACGGAGACGACGAGAUGCGUCUUACAGGAGACGUCUCGAAAUCCGAGUUAUCUUUCAUUUGAAGAACACAAACAGAACUACAUCCCUGACGGCUGCGAAAAUGCUGUUAGAGAGAUUUGCUGCGAUGUCUCUUUCGUUUUUGGAUGCGAAUCUAAUGCCAAGUAUGGAUUCACCAUCAAUGCCUACAACUCUGAAGUCUAAGGCGGCGUCUCCCACGUUAUUGUCUGAUGCCGACUUCAACGGCAACGACGGUUCCGGUGCUGUUGAUGAUGUAGACCCCACUAUGUCCACUGGAAUGUUUGAGGCGGUCAGUGGCGAACUGACCAUGUCCUGCCCACCAGGAGAGGUCUUGCUCAGCAAACAGGCUGGACUCUGUGUACCUUGCGCCAAGGGAAGUUAUGCUGAAAAGAAUGACGUUGUUUGCACUCCGUGUCCCAUGCACCAUUACCAGGAGAAGAUGGCGGCCACCUCGUGUAAACUCUGUCCAAAACUGCACAUCACACUAUUUCCGGGGGCGGACACCUGUAUCGCUCUCUGCAGCAAGGGUUUCUUCUCCAUGACGGGAACAGAGCCCUGCUUUCCCUGUCCAGCAGGGUGGUACCAGUAUCAGCGGGGAGCCACUACCUGUCAGAAGUGCGCGGAUGAGUAUGAGCACCCGACUGCGGAGAAACAACCAGAAUGUGACUCAGAAGUGUCAAGGAAUGAAACAGCUUUGACUCCUGACCAACAAGUAUCUGAAUUCCUUCUGACCUGCCAGGCUGAGGAUUGUUUGUCCUUCGGAGAAGGUGCCAAUGUGGUACUGGUGUAAGAUUGCUUUCAGUAAUCAGCCAACCCAAGCAUGUUUUACUCUUCAUUUUGCUUCCCGGUUUUAGUGUUCUAUAUUUGUAGCUUGUGCCUUGAUGAUAAACAUUUUACAUAUACGUUGAACUUGCAAUACGUUCUUUGCCAGUGUUGGACAAAAGUUAGUUUAAUCAACGAUUUAAACAUUGGGCUAGAUGAGUAAUUUCAUCUUCUAUAAACAGGUUUUGAUGAUGACGAUGACGUAUUUCAGCGUAAAACAAAUAUUCGAAACGUAUACUAAGUAUGCACAAGUACCCGAAUGAGCUUAUCAACAUACUUCGGACAUGUAUUUGUAAUAGUGGUGGGAGUGGAAUGGGUAGUAGUGGUAGUUGUAUUUUAGUUUUAGUAGUAUUUGCACAAAUAUGAAAAGAUAGGUAACGAAAUAUAAAUAGAAACUAGUUUUAAAGCCCCAAUUACUCCACCGUUUGCUCAAAAGUUGACGGUAACGGUAGAAAAAGAUGACUUUGGGACAUAAACUGCCGUGCAAAAGAAAGUAUACUACUAUGUUUAAUGGUGGCUAAAGUGAAGCAAACAAAUACUGGUUAUUCGAUGGUGACGUAUUUGAUACGGGUAUCAUAUUUAUCUUUAGGACCUUAGUUUGCAGCGUUUCGGUGAAUGUUUUGAUAAGGUUUGCAAUGUUUUGGUCAAAUCAAUGUAUGCUUUCUUUUGCCCGGCAGUGUAGUUAAUACUGUGACAUACCAAGUACAUGUCUGUAUAUUUGGACAACUGGUAGUCACCAAAAUAGACAACACACCUUGCUUAGCAUUUUUCAAUAGUAGUAGUAGUAGUAGUAGUAGUAGUAGUAGAAGUAGUAGUAGUAGAAGUAGUAGUAGUAGUAGAAGUAGUAGUAGUAGUAGUAGUAGUAGUAGUAGUAGUAGUAGUAGAAGUAGUAGUAGUAGUAGUAGAGGUAGUAGUAGUAGUAGUAGUAGAAGUAGUAGUAGUAGUAGUAGUAAUUGAAUUUAGUGUGAAACUUGGACGAGAUAUAGAAGAAGCAAAUUUGAGCACCGCGGCUGGAUAUAAAGUGUCCUGGAGUUGUGCCCCUUUGAUGUAGAGGGUUGUUGAUAUGGCUGGACAGUCAAUAACAUCGACAUGUAUUAUAACUAGCCUUAUAUGGGAACGUCCAUCACAUUCCGUCAUGACAGUACGAAAUAAGCUGGACAUUAUUAUUAUGAUGCCUGACUAUCAACACAUUCAGUUUUAUAUAUUCAAUAAAAAGGCCUGCAACCAUCACACUGUUAUUCCAGUUACAAGUGACCUUAACUUUACACGUUGCCGCACUGCCAAUAGAAGCUAGGACUGUCUCCAUUUGUCACAUUUUUAUGAUAUCAAUUUACAUGUACACCUGCAUGACCUCUAUACAGAAUGUUUAGUUCUAUCAAAGCAUAAUGGUUUGUAUAUCAAUAAAAAGUAUACAUCCAA